AUGAGAAGCUGUAUGGGUUUUAUCUUGGUAAUCAGCGCAGUUGUCGCUGACGUAUCCAAAGAGGUGAUAACAACUACAGCCAGCCCGGAUCAACGGCCCAAACGUCAGCUGAUGACAGCCAAUGCUGGAAUAGGUAUACCCAUUUACUUUGAUAAUACGAAUUCGGCAGCGCAACCAAAUCAACCCAUUAAGCCGGGGCAACCACUUCAACCGAUUGCGGUGGUGGGCAACACGGCUAGUUUGCAGGCACCUGGAUUUCUGCCAGCUUGGUCACAGAAUCUGCCCAUUGUGGGCACAUUGAUAACUAAUUUACCGCUGCAGAGCCUGUCCAAUAUGCUAGGCGGCCUCAAUCUGCCCAACAUGGGCAACUUGGGCCAGCUGGGUAAUCUGGCUAAUCUGGGUAAUUUGGGUCAGCUGGGCACUCUGCCAAAUUUGGGUGGCUCCAGGCCAGGCAGUAUUGGUGGCUCGGCACCACAGUCCUGCCCACUCACCCAGAAGCUCAGCUGUCGCUGCGAACCGUUGCUUUCGUUGCCAGUGCGCGAAAAGGAGUUGCAACUGGUGCAGAUCCUCAAACAGAAUGCUAGACACAACGAGGAUGGCUCGCGGGAGCUGCGACUGGUUAUCAGUGGCGGACACGUUCUCUACCAGCGGACAGAUAAGGCUGACGUUAAACAGCAGGGCUACUAUUCGCUGCCCUUCCAAACCGGACAAUACCUGAACAUCCACUACAGCAUCAACCGAACAAGCUACACAAUCCAAGCCGAUGUGAGCAGUUCACCUCCCAGCUCCGAUUUCGAUGCCUGGUCGGGUGCUUAA